GUGACGAGCCUCAUCAAGCCGUGUGAAGCAGAGGUCAGCGCCGCUUCGUUUGCGCGAUGAGUGCAAGCAGCUUCGACGAGACUGAAGAGCUUGUCAACUGGAUACGAGAUCGGAUACGUCUGCCGGGGUUCACUCAAGCAAAGUGGACCGCGUCCGACUCGGCAUGCGUGAAAGAGUUUGCCGAUUCGCUCAACAUUCCAGCACUGUUUAUCUCGACAAACGCAUCGCAAGCACUCCGUGUCGCGAUAACAGCGCCCCGAGAUGCUACAACGAUCAUGUACUUCGUCAAGAACGGCCAGGUUAGUGUGAAACCCACGACAGCAGUUGCAACCCUUCAGUUUGGCACAAUCCAUGGCGAGGGCAUUUCGUCGUUGCUUCAGUUGAUGAACACGUUCUAUAUGCAACGAUUGCAGCAAGAAAAGUCAUGGCCCGAGAGUAUCCAGAAAGAGUUCACCGCCCAGUUCUAUCGGUUCAUGUCAAGCCUCACUGAGACAGUGAGCCGAGGGUGCGGCAAGACCGUGUUGUACUUGCCACCAAUUGCGCUGGACAAGGCCAAUUACAAGGACAAAGACUUACUGCAACAACUCGAGUCCACUGUAAUCCACUGGACGCGGCAGAUCAAGGAAGUAGUGAAUAAUCAGGACAACGCGCACGACGCCGAGGGCGCGGGGCCGCUCGAAGAAAUCAAGUUCUGGGAACAUCGCACGGAAGAUCUGUCCGGUAUUACGGACCAAUUGAACCGUCCAGGCGUCAAGGAAAUCGUGGAUAUCCUGAGCUUGGCCAAGUCGUCGUACUUGCAGCCUUUUGAAACAUUAAGCCAGAUCAUCAAGCAGGGGUCGUUUGAGGCAAACGACAACUUACGGUUUCUCAAAAAGCUGUGUCCAAUUUGUGAACAAAUGGCAGGCGCGAGUCCGUAUGAGAUUCCGUCGCUCUUGCCCAAGCUCCUGAAUUCAAUCCGCCUCAUUUGGAUGUACUCGCGGUUCUACAACACGGAGGACCGAAUCACGAGCUUGCUGCGAAAAGUGAGCAACGAAAUCAUCUCCGUGUGCUGCAAGACAAUCUCGCUCCAAAACAUCUUCAACGGGGAUGUCGAAGGCAGCAUCCGCAACUUGGAAGAAACCAUCGAGUGCGGUGUCGCGUGGAAGACAAUAUAUUACAACGUCGCCAAGUCGGUGAAUACUGCGUCGGAUGCGUCGACCCAGCUCAAGUGGAAGUUCGACGACACGAGCAUCUUUGCCCAGGUCGACGCGUUUGUCCAACGAUGCCGCGAGCUCCUCGAAGUGUGCGAGGGGCAGAUCCAGUUUGCGCGCAAAGGAAAAGGCAGCAGUAGCUUGCCGUGCUUCGGCGGGAACCGGGGCCAAGAGAUCGUCAAGUCGCUCAUGGGAAUCGAGACGCAGUUUGAGGGUCACAUCGACCGCCUUCGCAAGCUCGACUACGAUAUCCUGGACGUCAAGAUAACGUUUUGGCACAGCGAUUUCAACGUAUUCAAGAACGGCGUGAAAGAUCUCGAAGCGAUGACGCAGAACGUGAUCAACGCCGCGUUCGACUCGGUGUCGACGAUUGCGGCAGGGUGCGACUUGCUGCAAGCGUUCCAAACGAUUUCGAAGCGAGAGGCCAUUCGCCGCUGCAUUGAAAAACGCACGAUCGACGUGUACGGGAUGUUCAAGGCCCAAGUCGUGACCGUGCGCAACUUGUUUGAAAAGAACAAAACGUCGCCUCCGCUCUCGACGACAGAGCCACAGUACGCGGGCUCGGCGCUAUGGGCCCGUGGGUUGCAGCUUCGAGUCAAGGAAGACUUGCAUCGGUUGUCACUUUUGACGUCGCUUCCCCCUGGCGCGGUCGAGUUCGACGAAGCCCAAGCCCAAUUCGAUGGUCUCAAAGCCGUUCUCCACGACUACAUUCAAAAAAAGUACAACGACUGGAUCGAAGAACUGAAUUCGCUCGGGACCACCAACUUGAACUCGCGGUUGGAAAACCCCUUGAUGACCAAGAACAGCACAGGAACGGACAUGACAACGCCUGCGGCACCAGCGCCAAACGGUGCAAACGCCGGGGGAGCGACCGGUGGAGCCGUCGCCCAGGGUGCUGUACCUGCUAGCACCGCAGCCCCCAACGCGCCAGCCGUGAUUAUCGAUGCCAAUAAUGCCGACAAACUCCUCGGACGAUCGAAGAAAGGGUUUUUGCACUGCAAUUUCGACCGGCCGCUGCUCCAACUGUUUGCUGAAGUGCACUAUUGGCAAUACUUUAACGGGGAGAUUCAGAUCCCGUACAUUGCGCACGACAUUUGCAACCAAAAGGAGCAGCUUCGCGUGCUGCGGGAGCAUGUGACCCUCGUUGUACGCGACUACAACCGCAUUUUGUACGAGCUGAGCACGACGGAGCGGCGGUUGUUCGAUGACAUCAUUCGAAAGCUCGACCGGCGCAUCCAACCUGGACUGGCCAAACUUACGUGGCUAUCCAAGGGCGUUGUCGAGUGGUACGUGAACGACUGCCGCAAGCACUGUGAGGCCACGUACCGCAUCGUGCGCGAGUUUCAGGAAAACAAAGAAGUGAUCGCGUCCAACUGCAAAAUGAUCGCCGGGCUCAUGCACAUCUCGAUCGAGCGCAACAAUGUGUACGACGACGGCGUGUUCGAAGUCAAGCAGGCAGCCCAUCGCACCGAUAUCGAGAAGAAGCUUAAACUCGCGUACGAAAACAUCCGCAGCACGAUGAGCGCCAUGUACUCGCAUUUUGCCAGCGGACCUGGUGAUGUCCAGCGCGAGUGGACGCGGUUCGUCGAACGCGCUGACAAGACCCUCGAGGACUCGCUGCGCCAGUCCGUCAAGAAAUCCCUUCAAGAACUGAGCAAAGCCAUCAACGGCGAUGCGAAAACGGACCCGCAUCCGCUUUUCCGAGUCCACGUGAUCUUGGAAGAAGGCAAAGUCGAGUUCAAUCCUCUCAUGGUCAACUUGACUCAAAUGGUCAACACGGCGGCCAAGGAGAUAUUCAACGUGAUCAGUGUUGUGCCGCGGCUGACGGCGACCGUGAACGGCCGCGACGACCCUGCACCCACUGUGCCAUCCACCGUUGCAUCGAAAGCCGUAGACAGCGGGGACCCCACGUCGCCGCUCCCGCCUUCGUCCACCAACUUGGCGAGCACCAAUACGUUUCAUCAGUCCAUUUUCAACGACGAAGAGAUACUAAAAGUCCUCGUCCACAUCAUGAACGGGAUGUCGGCAAGUGCCACGGAGCUCCAAAAGUACUUGGGGUACUGGGAUAAGUACAAGCUGCUCUGGAACCAAGACAAGCAAGCGUUUAUUCGUCGAUACGCCAAGGCGAACCGACCGCUGCAGCAGUUCCGCGUCGACAUUGAGCGGUACCGUGAGCAGCAAGUGAGCAUCCAGAACGAAGACCUGACAAACACCAUCAACUUUAUUCAAAUCGACACGCAUUUUCUCAAGGCGAGUCUGGUUGACCACACCGUGCAAUGGAUCGGCAAACUCACGGGACUGCUCAACCAAACUGCAUCCGACGAGCUCAAAGCGCUGAUCAAAAUGAUGAAAGAAAAUACCAAGCGGUUGCAAGUCAAGCCGACCAACUUGGACCAUCUUGGCGAAAGCAUCGGGCUGCUCCAGGAAAUUAAGGACUCAGCCCCGACGGUCGAGGCCCAGUUCGAGCCCCUUCAGCUCAAGUACGACUUGCUCGCCGAGUUUGACGUGCAGAUCACGGACGAUGAAACGCGGGACCUCCAAAGCUUGCGGCCGCAAUGGGAAGCAUACGAAGUGAUGAUGGUCGACGCGAAUACGAUGCUCCAAAAAUGCAAAAUCAGUAUGAAGCAAUCGCUACAGGACAACGUGGCCGAGCUGAGCAACCACAUGAUCGACCUCCGCAACGAAGCCGUGUCGACGUUGCCGUAUUCCGACCAAACGCAAGACUCUGCGACCGCCCAUGCCAUUCUCCUCGAUUUUGAAAAGAAGAUGGAGGCGACUCGAGCACGCCAGGCCGUUCUGAAGAAAGGCCUGGAUAUCUUUGGCAUUGACGAAACUAUGAACGACGGGUUCCUUCAAACAGAAAAGGAACUCGAGCUGCUCCAGCAAAUCUGGGCGUUCUACGACGAGUGGGAGUCGGUGUGGAGCUCGUGGAAGGGAAAUGUGUUUGGCGAGUUGGAAGUCGACACGAUGGAAACGACGGCGGCCCAGUUUUUCAAAAAGAUCACCAAGUUUGGCAAAGACAUGAAGGAAUGGGCGAUCUGGAGUUCCAUGAAGGAAAAGAUCGACCAGUUCCGCGCGACAUUGCCGCUCAUUCAGGACCUCAAGAACGAAGCGCUGCGGCCGCGUCACUGGGCCCAGCUCAAGGAAGAGAUGGACAAGUCGUUCGAUGCCGACUCCAAGUGUUUUACCCUCGAAAAGGUGUUUUCGCUCGGGUUUCACUUGCACGCCGAGUUUAUUUCCAACAUGUCGAGCAACGCGAGCAAGGAACUGUCGAUCGAGCAAGCGCUCGACGGGAUCGAGACCCGGUGGAACUCAAUUGACGUUGACAUUGUCGAGUACAAGUCGGUCUACUUUAAAGUGCGGUCCGCUGAAGACCUUUUCACGGCCCUCGAGGACGACCAGGUCCAGCUGUCCACGAUGAAGGCGUCGCCGUUCUUUGAAUCGUUCUCGACCAAGUUGUUGUAUUGGGAGAAGGCGCUGUCUCACGUGUCGGAAGUGAUUGAGACUCUUCUUGGCGUCCAACGGUGCUGGAUCUACUUGGAGAGCAUCUUCAUGGCGUCCGAAGACAUUCGAAAGCAACUGCCGCUAGAGAGCACUCUGUUUGACGAAGUAAACACGGCGUACUGCUCCGUGACGUCCGGGAUGGCCCACGCGAAGAACGCGUUGAAGGCAACGCACUUGCCGAGCACUCUCGACACGCUCAACGAAAUGCAGGAUAAGCUCGACCGGAUCCAAAAGUGCCUCGACCAGUACCUCGAAACGAAGCGCAUGAUGUUUCCGCGAUUCUAUUUCCUCUCAAACGACGACUUGCUCGAGAUCUUGGGCCAUCAGAAAGACCCAGACCAAGUGCAAAAACACAUCAAAAAGUGCUUUGAAGCUAUCAAGUCGCUCUACUUGCUGUAUCCUGGCACGCGCAACAACCUGACGUUUGAGGCCGCGGGCAUGAACUCCCCCGACGGCGAGCAAGUGCUCUUCAACAGCAACGUUGUUGUGGCGGGAGCCGUCGAAGGAUGGCUCCUGCGCGUCGAAAGCGCCAUGAUUGCGUCGCUUGAGAAACUCUUUGCUGCGUGCCUCGUGGCGUACCGCGGGAAAAAGGAAAAGUGGAUCAAAGAAUUUCCGGGCCAGUUGCUCAUCACGUGCGGUCAGACCGCGUGGACAAACGAGUGCAUCAAAGCCCUGAACGAAGUCGCAAAAGGCGAAAAAAAAGCCAUGAAAACACUCAAGAAGAAAUGGAUAUCGUACUUGAACAAACUCGCCGACAUGGUCCGUGGGCAGCUCACAUCGAUCGAACGCAAGAAGAUCGUGGCGCUCAUCACAAUCGAGAUUCACUCUCGUGACGUAAUCGACCGCCUAGUCAAACAAAACUGCAAGUCGACCAACGACUUUGAAUGGCUGAUGCAGCUCCGGUUCUACUUUAACAAAGACUUGGGCGAAAACGGGAUCUGCGAAGUCAAACAAACGGUCACGUGCUUGCAGUACUCGUACGAGUACCAGGGCAACAACGGGCGCCUUGUCAUCACGCCGCUCACGGAUCGAUGUGUGCUCACGAUGACGACGGCACUGCAUUUGAACCGUGGGGGGAAUCCCCUCGGGCCUGCCGGGACGGGGAAGACCGAAACGGUGAAGGAUCUCGGAAAAAACUUGGCCAAGUACGUGAUUGUGUUCAACUGCAGUGACGGCCUCGACUACAAAUCUGUCGGGCGCAUGUUUUCGGGGCUCGUCCAGUCAGGUGGCUGGGGCUGCUUUGACGAGUUCAACCGAAUUGAGAUCGAAGUGCUGUCGGUCGUCGCGCAGCAGGUGCUUACCAUCAUGCAGGCGCUCACGAUGAAGCUACCUGAGUUCAUGUUUCUCGGCACUGUGAUCAAAUGCAACCACAACAUGGGAAUCUUCAUCACGAUGAACCCGGGGUAUGCCGGCCGCACGGAACUCCCCGACAACUUGAAGGCGCUCAUGCGGCCGUGCGCAAUGAUGGUGCCCGACCUCGCGCUCAUUGCCGAAGUCAUGCUGCAAGCCGAAGGAUUCCGCGACGCCAAAGUCUUGGCCAAAAAGACCACGACGUUGUAUGGGCUCAUGAUCCAGCAGCUGAGCAAGCAAGAUCACUACGAUUUCGGCCUUCGGUCGCUCAAAGCUGUGCUCAACAUGGCUGGAGCAUUAAAGCGUGAAGACCACAACAUGCAAGAGGAACACAUUCUUCUGCGGGCCCUUCGUGACAUGAACGCUCCAAAGUUUGUCAAAGAAGACGCGGCUCUGUUCAAGCUGUUGCUCGGGGACCUCUUCCCGUCCAUCGAGUUGGCCAUUCCCGAGUACGGCGCGCUCCAAGCGGCCAUCCAGAAUGAGCUGACGGCCCAGGGACUCCAGUUGCAUCCGACGAUUCUGUUCAAGACGAUUCAAAUGUACGAAUCGCAGGCGACGCGCCAUUGUAACAUGAUCGUCGGCCAGACGAUGGCCGGCAAGUCGACAGUGUGGAAAACCCUCCAAGCUGCCAAGUCACAACUGGCGAAAGAAGGCGUGGCUGGCUACAACACUGUCCGCGUCCAGGUUCUAAACCCCAAGUCGAUUUCGCUCAACGAGAUUUACGGCGUGUACGAUUUGUCUACGUUCGAGUGGAUCGAUGGCAUCCUGAGUGCCAUCUUUCGCACCUUGGCGAGUGACGAAAAGCCCGACGAGAAAUGGAUCAUGCUCGACGGACCUGUCGACACCCUCUGGAUUGAAAGCAUGAACAGCGUCAUGGACGACAACAAGGUGCUGACCCUCAUCAACGGCGAUCGAAUUGGUAUGAGUCCAUCGAUGGCGCUGCUGUUUGAAGUCCAGGAUUUGUCCGUGGCGUCACCUGCCACGGUUAGUCGAGCGGGGAUGGUCUACAUGGAUGUCGAGGAUUUGGGAUGGCGGCCGUAUGUCAAGACUUGGCUCGCCAAGACAAUCACCGACCAGGACGAACGAGACAUCCUGAACGCGUUGUUUGAGAAGUACAUGACCAAGGUGCUCCAUUUCCGCGCGUCCGAGGUCACGGAGCUCAUUCCCGUGUCCGAAUUCAAUGGCGUGAAGUCGUUUUGCAACUUGUACACUGUCCUCGCGACCAAGGACAACGGCGUGGAUCGUGCACUCGGCACGGACGUGUUUGGGCCGAUGAUUGAAAGGUGGUUCCUCUUUUGCCUGACAUGGAGCGUGAUGGGGGCGGCCAACGAAGAAGGUCGUGCGCGAUUUGACGCGUGCAUUCGCGAAAUUGACACGAUCUACCCACCCGUAAAGACCAUUUACGAGUUCUUCGUCGAUGCCAAGGGUCGCGAACUCAAGCUGUGGGACGAGCGAUUGCCCCCCGCGUAUCGCAUCCUGCCUGGCACACCGUUUUACAAAAUCAUGGUACCAACUGUCGACACGCUUCGAUACGGGUUCUUGCUCCAGACUCUCGUCAUGGGUGGCUUACAUGCGCUUAUCGUGGGCGACACGGGGGUUGGGAAAACGUCGAUCAUCCAAAAGGAGCUGGAAGGGCUCCAUGACAACUACCAACGCCUCGUGAUGAACUUUUCCAGCGCCACAUCGAGCAGCACGACGCAAGACGUGAUUGAAAACGUCAUGGAAAAGCGAUCGAUGAAUCGGUUUGGUCCGAUCGGGGGCAAGAAGCUCAUCACGUUCGUGGACGACAUGAAUAUGCCAGCAAAGGACGAGUUUGGGUCCCAGCCUCCGCUCGAGUUGCUCCGCCAGUGGGUAGACUACGGUUGUUGGUACGACCGAAAGAAGCAAACGCUCAAGUACUUUGUCGACAUGCAACUCGUGGCGUCGAUGGGCCCGCCCGGCGGCGGUCGAUCCGUCAUUUCGUCUCGCUUCCAAAGUCGGUUCAACUUGAUCAACAUGACGUUCCCGGAAGGCACGCAGCUACGUCGGAUCUUUGAAACGAUGCUCGUGCCCAAGCUAAGCGAGUUCGACGACGAAAUUAAGCCGCUGGGGGUCCCUCUCGUGUCUGCCACGAUCCAAAUCUACCAAGCCGUCGAAACCAACUUCCUCCCGACGCCCCAAAACUGCCACUACUUAUUCAACCUGCGCGACAUGGCCAAGGUCGUCGCGGGCCUCCUCGUUGCGGAUAAGCACAUCAUCACGAGUCGAGACUGCAUGCUCCGCAUGUGGGUCCACGAGUGCCUACGAACGUUUUCCGAUCGCUUGACGGGCGCGCAGGACCGCGACACGUUCAAAGCAAAGAUCGAUGAAAUUCUGUCCUCUUCAUUCCAAACUGAGUGGUCCCGCUUGCUCGGAUCACACCCGGAGACUCUCAAGGAAAACGGCCCACUCUUUAGCGGCAUCAUGACUCCGUUGGAGGACGACUCGUCUCUGCUCAAAUACGACGAAGUCGACGACGUCACGGCACUGAAGCGGCUCGUCGAAGAUCAACUGGAUAACUACAACGUCGAGCCGGGCUUGGUUCCAAUGGAUCUCGUCCUCUUUGGGGAUGCCCUCAUGCACUUGCUACGGAUCUUCCGACAGCUAACAACCGCACGUGGGAGCUUGCUCUUGGUUGGCGUGGGCGGGAGCGGGCGCCAGUCUCUGACCCGGCUCGCAUCGUUUGUGGCGGGAUGCGAUCUGUUUCAAAUUGAAGUGACCAAGAACUACCGCCCGAUGGACUUUCACGAAGACAUGAAGAAGCUGUACACGAGCGCCGGCAUCAACGGGAAGCGGACCACGUUCUUGUUCAGCGACACCCAGAUCAAGAGCGAAAGCUUUAUCGAGGACAUCAACAACAUUCUCAGCAGCGGGGAAAUCCCAGGGCUGUACGAAAAAGACGAAAUCAACGGGAUCCUCGAAGCAAUUCGGCCAAAGGUACGGGCGCAAGGUGUCAAAGAAACCAAGGACAGCAUGUGGACGUUUUUCAUCAACGAGGUCCGAAGAAACCUGCAUAUCGUGCUUGCGCUGAGCCCGAUCGGCAAAGGGUUCCGCAACCGUGUGAGACAGUAUCCAUCACUCGUCAACAACACAACGAUCGACUGGUUUGACGAGUGGCCCAUCGAUGCGUUGCAGGAGGUCGGGAUGAAGUUCUUGGAAGAAAAGCGAGUGGCGACCCCGUCGCAGCGACCCAAGAUCUCGGCCGUCUUUGCCGUUAUCCACAGCAGCGUCGUAUUGGCGUCGUCGCAAAUGCUCGCUUCCAUGAAGCGAUACAACUACGUGACCCCCACAAACUAUCUCGCCUUGGUCAAGGGCUAUGUGGAACUGCUGCUUGAAAAGAGCAGCUCGAUCGCUGACUCCCGCGAUAAGCUCAAGAACGGGCUGGCCAAACUAGAGGAAUCGCGCGCCCAAGUGGAGCAAAUGUCGAUUCAGUUGGAACAGCGCAAGAUCGUGGUUGCCCAAAAGAACAAGGACUGCAGUGACUUGCUCGUGAUCAUUGUCAGCGAGCGACGCGUAGCCGAUGAACAACGCAAGCAAGUCGAAGCGGAAAGCGAGCGCAUUCUCAAGGAAGAGAUCGAGACCAAGAAAAUCGCCGAUGACGCGCAAACUGACUUGGACGAAGCGUUGCCGGCGCUGGCCAAGGCAAUGGCGGAAGUCGAGCUGCUCGACAAGAAGUCGAUCGCUGAAGUCAAGGUGUAUUCGCAGCCUCCUGAAGCAGUCAGUUUGGUCAUGUGUGGGGUCAUGGUUCUUUUCGGCCUCCCUCCCACGUGGGCGCAGGCCAAGGUCAAGAUGAACGACGUCAAUUUCCUCACACAAAUCAAAACGUUCGACAAGGACUCGAUUCGCGACAAGACCUUGCUCGCCCUGAAAAAGUUUACGUCCAAGGAAAUGUUCAAGUCAGAAACAGUAAAAAAGGUGUCGAGCGCCGCGGGAGCGCUUUGUUCGUGGGUGCUGGCUAUGGAAGUGUAUUCGGGUGUGUUUCGCCUUGUGGCACCGAAGCGAGAAGUCCUCAAAAAAUCGCAACAAGCGCUCGCGAUCAAGCAGCGCGACUUGCAAACGGCAAAGACCAAACUCCAGGAAGUCAUUGAGAAGGUCGAAGCGCUCAAGAAGCAGUACGACGACAGCGUCAGUGAAAAGAACGCGCUGCGCGAGGAAGCAGAGGUCCUCGAGCUCAAGUUGAGCCGCGCAACGCAGCUCGUGUCCGGUCUGUCUGGCGAACGCGAGCGCUGGCAAACGUCGAUUGCGACGAAAGACGCGUCCCUGCUCAAUGUCGUCGGCGACGCUUUGGUCGCCGCUGCCUUCUUGUCGUAUGCGGGGCCGUUCGAUUCGCUGUUUCGAUCAUCGCUUCUCGACACAUGGAGCAACCGCGUACAGCAACAAGCGCUGCCCACGUCGCCGGGGUUCCAGUUCACCGACUUUCUCGCCGACCCGACGGACGUGCGCCAUUGGAACGCACAUGGACUCCCUCGUGACAACUUGUCCACGGAGAACGGCGUCGUCACGAUUCGAGGCAAGCGGUGGCCGCUCAUGAUCGAUCCCCAAGGGCAAGCAAACAAGUGGAUCAAGUCGUUGGAAGGGUCGAAAUUGGACGUGGUGGACCCCAUGAUGAAGGACUUUUUGCGCAAGUUGGAAAACGCUAUUCGAUUUGGCACGGCAGUGUUGAUGCAAGACAUCCAAGAGGAACUUGACCCGUCGCUGGAGCCGAUCCUGAACAAAAGCAUCGUCAAGGUCGGGAACCGCGAAAUCCUUCGCAUCGGGGACAAAGAGCUCGACUACAACCGAGACUUUCGAUUCUACUUGACGACGAAGCUGCACAAUCCACACUACACGCCAGAAGUGUCGACAAAGACGACGAUUGUCAACUUUGUCGUCAAGGAACAGGGGCUCGAGGCGCAGCUCCUGGGUACAGUCGUCCAAAUGGAGGAGCCAGCGCUAGAAGAGCAAAAGUCGGAGCUUGUCGUCAAAGUUGCCGCAGCCAAGCGAAAACUCGUCGACUUGGAAAACGAGAUUUUACGGCUUCUGUCAAAUGCCAAGGGCAGUUUGCUCGACGACGAAUCGCUCGUCAACACGUUGAACGCGUCCAAAGUGACGUCGGAGGAAGUGAGUUCGCAACUCGUGAUAUCAGAAGAGACAGAAAAGAAAAUCGACGCGGCGCGCAUGGGAUAUGUGGCUGUGGCAGUCCGGUCGUCGACACUCUACUUUGUGCUGAACGACAUGACCAAAGUCGACCCGAUGUACCAGUUCUCGCUCGAUUCGUACGUGGACCUGUUCAAGGAAUCGAUUGCCAAGAGUCGGUCGUCCCGCCAAACGCUGACGCUGACGGACGACCUGAGCGAGCGCAUCAACGCGAUUAACGAUUACCAUACGUACGCCGUGUACGCGUACGCGUGCCGCGGCCUAUUUGAGCGCCACAAGCUGCUCUUUUCGUUUCAAAUGUGCAUCCGCGUCAUGCAAAGCAUGAACAAGGUCCCCAUGGACGAAUACGAAUUUCUCCUCAAAGGCGGCAACCUCCUUGGCCAUGACGAACGCGUCAACAACCCUGUCAGCGACUUUUGCGCCGAGCCCGUGUGGAUGUCUGUCGUGGAUUUGAAUCGCAUGAGUCGUUUUCAAGGCCUCGUUUCGUCGUUUGAGCAGGCGGGCAAAUCCUGGAAGGCAUGGUUCCAGAGCAGCAUGCCCGAAGUCGAAGCGCUGCCAGGUGAUUGGGAAGGCAAGUGCAACGAGCUCCAGCGGAUGAUUCUCCUGCGCGUGCUGCGCCCGGAUCGCGUGACGAUCCAAGCGGCAAAGUUUGUCUCGACAAACCUCGGACCACAGUUUGUCGACCCGCCACCAUUCGACCUGCGUGCGAUAUACGAAAACUCGACGUUCAAGACGCCGCUCAUCUUUGUGUUGUCCCCGGGGGUAGACCCGACAAACAACUUGAUGGCGUUGGCAGAAGUCCUCGGGAAGAAGGUCGAGAACUGCGCACUUGGCCAAGGGCAAAGUCAGUUUGCCGAAGCCAUGCUUGCCCGCGGGCUGGAGGCCGGGAACUGGGUCUUCUUGGCCAACUGCCACUUGAUGUUGAGUUGGGCACCGACGCUGGAGAAGCUCAUCGACAACUUUUGCGCGUCGCCGAAUGUCAACCCGACCUUUCGGCUCUGGCUCACAUCGGACCCGAAUCCCAAGUUUCCCAUCGCGAUCCUUCAACGCGGCAUCAAAAUGACGACUGAGCCGCCGCGCGGCCUUCGUGCCAACUUGCUUCGGCUCUACAACACUGUCACUGUCGACCGCUUCCAGCGGUGCAAGCAAGCGAAAAAGUACAAGCGGCUCCUGUUUUGCCUGUGCUGGUUCCAUGCACUACUCCUCGAGCGGCGCAAGUUUAACAACCUGGGGUGGAACAUUCCGUACGACUUUAAUGAGUCGGACUUUGCCAUUUCGGAGGACGUGCUUGCCAUCUACUUGGACGAAUACGAAGACACCCCGUGGGAGGCUCUCAAGUACUUGAUCGCUCAGGCAAACUACGGUGGGCGGGUGACGGACGACUGGGAUCGCCGCCUUAUGCUCGUGUAUGUGGGCCAGUUCUUCUGCGAGGACAUUCUCGAGCUGGACCAGGCCCCCCUGGCGGACUCGCCCGAGUAUUUUGUCCCUGAAGACGGCGAUUUGCAAAGUUACGGAGACUUUAUUCGAAAUUUACCACUCGAGGACCCCCCCGCCGCGUUCGGGCAGCACUCGAAUGCUCAAAUUGCAUCCCAAAUCGACAACGGCCGAGAGCUCUUGGGAACUAUCCUUGGGCUGCAAGCGAUGGGCGCGACCGAAGGCGGCAAAGGCAAUGACGAAAAGAUUAUGGGCGUGUUGUCGAAUCUGAAAGAAAAGGUGCCCGACGUGUUCGACUUGCCCAACGUCAAGCUGAACCUGCAGACGCGCAGCGACCCUGACGCCCUGAAGACAGUCUUGAUGCAGGAAUUGGAGCGGUACAACAAACUGCUAGGCGCGAUCAAGAGCCAGCUGAUCGCGUUGGAGAAAGGCAUGCAAGGGAUGGUGGUCAUCACACCCGAACUGGAAGCGGUGUACAAUGCGAUGCUGAUCGGCGCGGUCCCGAAAGCAUGGGGCUUUUGCUAUCCCUCGUUGAAACCUCUCGGUAGCUGGACACAGGAGCUCGAGCUCCGAAUCCACCAGAUGCGACACUGGGCCAACACGGCGCAGCCCGUCGUGUUUUGGCUGUCGGGGUUUACAUACCCCACGGGAUUCCUCACAGCGCUGCUCCAAACCGCGGCCCGGAAAAACGGCGUGUCCAUCGACUCGCUCAAUUGGGAAUUUUUGAUCAUCAACCAGCAUGAAGACUCGAUCGUGGUCGGCCCGAAAGACGGCGCGUACGUCAAGGGGCUGUUCCUAGAAGGCGCCCGGUGGGACUUUGAGCAUGAUUGCUUGGCCGAGCCGAACCCGAUGGACUUGUACUGCAACAUGCCGAUGAUUCACUUCAAGCCCGUCGAGACCAAAAAGAAAGCAUCCAAGGGAACGUAUAGCUGCCCGCUGUACAUGUACCCCAUUCGCACGGGUACGCGCGAACGGCCAUCGUUCAUGAUCGCCGUCGAUCUCAAGUGUGGCGCUGGCAAGUCCCCCGACGUCUGGACCAAACGUGGCACAGCCAUGUUGUUGUCGUUGAGCACGUAGACGCUGUAAUUGAGCCAGAUCAUCUUUGUUUCCA